CCCCAGUUACUUUUUACCAUAGCAGACAUAAACUUUAUCAAGGGCUAAAGGUCCUCUGGUUCACUUGGACACUUAAACCAAAGCAGAAACUUUAGUCUAGCCAUAUUCAUCAUGUCCAUGCAGACACUUCUCUUCUUGACAGGGCUGGUUGCGCUGUCCAGUUCGUACACUAUUCCUCUGUCAUCUCGUGUGCAUGAGGUAUACGGAAACGGUGAAGAUGAUAACCCCUUACUUAACUUGGGAGCAGAAGAAGACUUGGUUGAAGGGGAUAUGCUCAUUCUGCCAGGACGCAAUGCCUUGAUUGACACUAAAUACAGAUGGAAGUUUCCCAUACCCUACAUUCUGUCAGAUGACUUGGAUUUGAAUGCCAAAGGUUGUGUCCAUCAGGCAUUUGAAAUGUAUCGUCUGAAAUCUUGCAUAGACUUCAAGCCCUACGAAGGCGAGAAGACAUACAUCAAGUUUGAAAAGAGAGGCGGGUGUUUCUCCAGAGUUGGGGACCAGCAGAAUGGACAGAUCCUGUCCCUGGGCGAUGGCUGUGACCACAAGGCUGUGAUCGAACACGAGCUCCUCCACGCUUUGGGCUUCUACCAUGAGCAGUCUCGCCAGGACAGAGACGACUAUGUCAAGAUCUGGCUGGACCAGGUCACUCCAGGGCUGGAACAUAAUUUCAACAAAUACGAUGAUUCCUUCAUCACUGACCAGAACACUCCUUACGAUUAUGAGUCUGUCAUGCACUACCGGCCAUACUCCUUCAACGUGGACCCCAACAUUCCCACAAUCACCACCAACAUCCCAGAAUUCAACAACAUCAUUGGCCAGUACCUGGACUUCAGCAAACUGGACAUGCUGAGGUUGAACAGGAUGUAUAACUGCUCCUCCCCUCUCACUCUCCUGGACCAGUGUUCCUUUGAGUACAACAACAUCUGUGGGAUGAUUCAGAGCCCCACUGAUGAUGCAGAUUGGGUCCACACCAAGAGCAGCACUGGGAAUGAGGAUCACACUCUCAUUGGCCAAUGCAGAGAUGCAGGUUACUACAUGCACUUCAACACUAAGACUGGGAAGGAGGACGAGUCAGCUCUGCUAGAGUCUCGCAUCCUGUACCCCAAGAGACACCUGCAGUGUCUGCAGUUUUUCUACAAGAUGACAGGCGGACCAAAGGACAGACUUGUGAUUUGGGUGAAGAUGGACGAUGGGACUGGGACAGUUCGCAAACUGAAGAAAAUACACACAAUCUGGGGAGAUGCCGACCACACAUGGAGGAUUGUCCACGUCUCCAUGGAGAUCGAAGAGAAGUUCCGCUAUGCUUUCCAAGGUAUCCGAGGAGAUCCAUCUACAACCAAUGGAGGAAUCUUCAUUGACGACAUCAGCCUGACUGAGACUCGCUGUCCCAACGCUGUCUGGCAGAUCAAGAACUUCACCGGAAUCCUCAACACUGCAAACAAUAACACCGUCAUGGACAGUCCAGUCUUCUACAGCCCAGAGGGCUAUCGUUACGGUGUACGUGUGCGUCCCAUCUCUGACUACAGUGACCACACAGGGGGCUACACUGGGAUGUACUUCCACCUGGCCAGCGGGGAGAAUGACGUGGUCAUGCAGUGGCCGGCCCUGAAUAGGCAGGCUAAAAUCGUGGUCAUGGACCAGGAUCCUGACAUUCAAUUGAGGAUGUCGUCUGCUCGCAGUCUGACUACAGACCUGAUUAAGACUCCAGAUGGAAAGCUGUGGUGGGACAACCCAACUAAUGUGGGGACCUACGAUCCAGGGUGUGAGUGCUACAGGGGAGAGUCGCGGGGAUGGCGCAACAUGAUCAAGCAUUUCGACUUGCGACGACGGAACUACCUGAAAAACGAUGACCUCAUCAUCUUUAUCGACUUUGAAGACAUAACAUCUCUGAUAAAAACAGAGGUUCCCAUCAACCCAAAGGAGUGAGGACGUAUUUUAUUGCCACCGAGGGGAGAACCGGCAGUCCUGAGGAUUUGGACAGACUCAAGAAGAGUACAGAAAAUAACAGCACAAUUUAUCUAAACUAAUGUUGUGAGUAACUAUAAAUUAUUUUGUAGAAAAUUUGAUUGGUUUGAAAACUUUAUAAAAUCACUAAAAACUCUUGAAAUGUUAUUUGUUUUUACUGUUCAAACAUUCUUAUUCACAAAUUCUUUCAUUAAAGUUUGAGUCUUCAAAUAAAUGCUUCAUUAUGUUUU